AUGGAAGGUGCGGCACAAUACUCGGGUCGCAAUCAGCGCUACAAAAAAUCCCGUCCUGAAAGAAAACACCAUCACAAUAACAACAAUAGCAGUAAUAAAGGCAAGAAAUUUUGCCAUCAAAUUUAUUAUCCAAUCACCAAUAUGGAGCCGGUGCCGGAAGACAAUGAAUUAGAUAAACGCAAGCAGUUAGUCGUGAUCUGUAGAAAUAAUCCAUUGCAUGUCGUCCACAAGGAUGUUCUUCAAUACCAUCUAGAUCAUGAAUGUAUGGAAGUUGCCUGGCGACCAGGACAAUUAAAUCUCCCAAUGCCGUUCAACUCCCAGAAAAUGUCUACUGCUCGCAAGAAGGCCCUUCUCAAGGUGAUCAUCCUUGGUGAUUCUGGAGUGGGAAAGACCUCACUCAUGAACCAAUAUGUAAAUAGAAGAUUCAGCAACCAAUACAAGGCUACAAUUGGAGCCGAUUUUCUCACUAGGGACGUUCAAAUUGAUGAUAGAACUGUUACUCUUCAGAUUUGGGAUACUGCUGGACAAGAGCGCUUCCAAUCCCUUGGUGUCGCGUUUUAUCGUGGAGCCGAUUGUUGCGUCCUGGCGUUCGAUGUCACCAACGCCGCAUCAUUCAAAUCUCUUGAUUCGUGGCGCGAUGAGUUCUUAAUCCAGGCUAGCCCUCGAGAUCCCGAACAUUUCCCAUUCGUUCUUCUCGGCAACAAGGUUGAUUUGGAGUCGCAGAGAGCUGUUUCUUCGAAACGAGCUCAGUCUUGGUGUCAAACUAAAGGAAACAUCCCGUACUAUGAGGUUUCCGCCAAGGAGGCUUUGAAUGUUGAAUCCGCUUUUCUUGCCAUUGCUCGUGAUGCCCUUGCCAGGGAAGCUCAAGAUUCGAACGAUUUUCCCGAUUUCAACGAUCAAAUUCGCCUCAACACAAAUCAACAAGUCGUGUCAUCAAUAUCCAGUCUUCUCUGGCAGCCUCUACGAUUGGCGCGCAAUCUCGACAACCCGCAGUCCAUGUACAUGUCGAUUUCCGAAUCGCCCGUUUACGAGGUAAUUUCGAGGGCCAUGAUCGACGCUGCUCAAUCACCGGAAUUGGCGAGAAAGUCGGACGCGAAGUACACACUAACUUAUUUAUCCGAUUCGUCUGAAAAGGGAAGCGAAUCGCCGAGAUCUCUUCGAGAAUAUCAUCACGGAGGAAGCGGAACAUUAACCGGCGGUGGCGCUCAAGUUGUCAUCCGCCCGAAACCGGAUCUCAAAAAGUAUAAACGAAAACUUGACAGCCGAUUAGGAAUUGUUCUUCUAUUAUGCCUCGUCACCAUCACAGUAAUUCUUGCGAUCUAUGGAGCCAUGCAUAGUACAGUUCAUGACGAACUCACCACAUACGUUAAUCGAACCCAUCAAAUUGCGUCUGAGCUCAAAAAUGCGAUGGAUGAGAACUAUCCCAAGGAGAAUCAGACCAAUAUUGACAAGCAUGGAAGAGUUUGGAUGACUGUUGAAGAGCUUGAAGGAUAUGCGUACCUGAUUUCAAAGACACAUUCGACACUUUGGGGACUCUUUUGGUGGAAUUUGUUUCUCUCAUUGCUCCUUCUUCCCGUCGUUCUUGCCAUUCACUUGGAAUGGAUUCAAGGGAAUGGCGCCAAGAUUGCCUAUCGGGUGGUUCUUGCAAUUGGACUUCUCUUCUGCAUUGCCCAAUUCCUCUAUCUGGUUCAUCCAAUCUUCUGGGGAUCGGUGAAAUUCCCAAGGAUGCUUGACCGUUUGUUCCUUGAAGCUUACCCAAGGGAUGAAUAUCAGAUCAACGGGAUUCAGGACAGAUUUGCAUGCGAAUUCAAACCACAUGCUACUUUGGUGCAGCUUGACCUUCAGACGCCAUGCGUUCCGAAAAUGAAAAACUCGCUUCUGCCAACCUAUUCAACAUGCCUUCUCAUUUUCAUUGAUCUUUUCCCGUUCUUUUUCGGUUUCUUCGUGUUUGCUUGGACGACAUGGUUCAAGAAUAGCAAAUAUAUCAAAGAGGCUCGCACUCGAGUUCAAAUUAAUAAUUCACGACGAGUGCCAUUCCCGACCCAAAACUUCUACACCCCACCGGAUCGUCAUAACAAGUUGGUCGAACUCUAA